AUGAACCAACAUAAUACGGUGGUGGCUCCACUACUCUUCAGCACCGUCCAACCAAGACUUUAUAGAGGGUCAUAUCCCAGAGAAAUCAACAUACCAUUCCUCAAGACGUUAAACUUACAAUAUAUAGUGUCUUUGACACCAGAACCACUAAGUACUGAUCCAAUUAUGGCCCGUUUCUGUGAAGAGAGCGGGAUAGAGAUGGUUCAUGUGUUGUGCCAGGAUGAAAAGAAAGUUAAGAAGAAAGAGAAAAAUAGUGUCAAAGUGAAGAGGAAAAAGAAGCCUGUGCCGAUUGAAUACACUGUCGUCGAACAGUGUGUCAAAUUCCUUAUUGACAAGAAGCAUUAUCCUUGCUAUAUCCAUUGCAGUAACGGUGAAUUGAUAACUUCCUUAGUUGUCGCAUGUCUACGGAAAUUCUCGUAUUGGAGUACUGUAUCAAUAUUGAAUGAGUUCCUAGUUUAUAAUUCCAGCAUUAAUAUUCAUGAAAGAAACUUUAUAGAGCAUUUCAACUCUGAGAUUGAGAUUGAUAACAUGAAAUUGAUCGAUAAGGUUCCCUGGAUCUCUGCCCAGUAUACGUAUGAAAACAAGAAAAAUUCUGGGACAGAGGCCAAAGAUGAUGCCAGUUCUUCAAGAAUAAAUAGUGGUAUACCGAAUGGUCUACCUAAAUUGAAAUUUCAUAGUUUAUAA